UCAUUUCCACAACUUCACACUCAGAAGCGAAAUUUGUUCUUGCUUGUCUUUUGUAAAGCUCUAGCACUUGAAGCACGUUAUGUCUAACUUGCCUUUAAACCCUAAACCUUACUUAAAUAGUUUAACUGGGAAACCAGUUGUAGUGAAAUUAAAAUGGGGUAUGGAAUAUAAAGGAUUUUUGGUGUCUGUAGAUGGAUAUAUGAAUUUAGAGCUAGCAAACACUGAAGAAUAUAUUGAUGGGAAGAAUAAAGGAAAUCUUGGAGAAGUAUUAAUUAGAUGCAACAAUAUUCUUUAUAUAAGAGGUGUAGAAGAAGAGGAAGAAGACGGUGAGAUGAAGGACUAAAAUAAACAGCAUUUCUCAGUGUAUAUAUAUUCAUAAUACAUGUAUGUUUGUAUAGUUUUUUAAUAAACGUUUUUGUAUGA